CCUUCUCUGCUAGAGAGAGAGAAGGAAUGGAGAGAGUGGUGCUGCUCCGCACCUUAUCCUGCUCGUCCACCACUACAGCCGCUUGCAGAAGACUCUUGUUCCGUUCAAGAACAAAACCCAUAUCUUCUCCCUUCUCUUUCUCCUCUUCCAUUUCUUCCCACCAUCGUCGCCACCUCUCCAGCAUCAACCACAGGCGCUCUCCCCCUCGCCACUGCCGUUCUCUUUCCUCCCCUCCCUUGCAGCUUCUCAAUAGGCCCUUCUCUGUCUCCCCACAGAGCCAGCCCUCCUCCCAAGCAGGCCUUUCCCUCAGACACAGAUGGGAACCAUGAGAUUGCAGAGAAACUUGGAUUUGAUAAGAUAUCCGAACAGCAGAUUGAAGAGUGCAAGUCCCAUGCAGUACUUUACAAGCAUAGGAAAACGGGUGCAGAAGUGAUGUCCAUAUCAAAUGAUGAUGAGAAUAAGGUUUUUGGUAUUGUUUUCCGGACCCCACCGAAAGAUUCAACUGGAAUCCCCCACAUAUUGGAACACAGUGUAUUGUGUGGGUCAAGGAAGUAUCCUUUGAAGGAACCAUUUGUUGAAUUAUUGAAAGGUAGCCUAAAUACCUUUCUAAAUGCUUUCACGUAUCCUGACAGGACUUGCUAUCCAGUUGCUUCUACAAAUAUGAAGGAUUUCUACAAUUUGGUUGACGUGUACCUGGAUGCUGUCUUCUUUCCUAAAUGCGUUGAAGACUUCCAGACAUUCCAACAGGAGGGUUGGCAUUAUGAGCUUAACAACCCCGAAGAAGAAAUAUCCUUUAAAGGUGUUGUUUUUAAUGAAAUGAAAGGUGUAUAUUCGCAGCCUGAUAACAUAUUGGGUCGGAUAGCUCAACAGGCGCUGUUUCCAGAUAAUACAUAUGGUGUUGAUAGUGGAGGUGACCCGCAAGUUAUUCCCAAGCUCACAUUUGAUGAAUUCAAGGAUUUCCACCGUAAAUAUUACCAUCCUGGCAAUGCCAGGAUAUGGUUCUAUGGAGAUGAUGAUCCGAAUGAGCGCCUACGCAUUCUAACUGCAUACCUAGAUCUAUUUGAUGCAAGCUCAGCCUCUGAUGAGUCAAAAGUUGAACCCCAGAAGCUAUUUUCAGAGCCAGUCAGGAUUGUUGAGAAAUACCCUGCAGGUGAAAGUGGUGACUUGAAGAAGAAACACAUGGUUUGCCUUAACUGGCUGCUAUCUGAUGAGCCCUUAGACUUGGAAACUGAGCUUACCCUUGGUUUUAUGGACCAUCUUAUGUUGGGGACUCCUGCUUCUCCUCUGAGAAGGGUCCUUUUGGAAAGUGGCUUAGGAGAUGCUAUUAUUGGUGGUGGGAUGGAGGAUGAACUCCUCCAGCCGCAAUUUAGUAUAGGGCUUAAAGGUGUUUCUGAAGAUGACAUUCAGAAGGUGGAAGAAUUGAUCAUAAACACGCUUCAAAAAUUAGCAGAGGAAGGUUUCAACCCUGAUGCUGUAGAGGCAUCCAUGAACACAAUUGAAUUCUCCCUUAGGGAGAAUAACACUGGCUCAUUCCCUCGAGGCCUAUCUCUGAUGCUACGCUCCAUUGGGAAAUGGAUCUACGAUAGGGAUCCAUUUGAGCCUUUAAAAUACGAGAAACCCCUACAAUCUUUAAAAGCACGGAUAGCUCAAGAAGGUUCAAAAGCUGUCUUCUCCCCAUUACUACAGAAAUUCAUCUUGAACAAUCCUCACCGUGUUACGGUUGAAAUGCAGCCUGACCCAGAAAAAGCUUCUCGCGAUGAAGCAGCUGAGAAAGAAAUCCUGCAGAAAGUUAAAGUGAGUAUGACAGAGGAAGAUCUUGCAGAGUUAGCGCGUGCUACACAGGAGCUCCGCUCGAAGCAGGAAACUCCGGAUCCACCGGAAGCUCUCAGAACUGUACCUUGCCUUUCUUUGCAUGACAUUCCAAGGGAACCUAUACACAUACCCACAGAGGUGGGAGAGAUUGAUGGAGUAAAAGUCUUGCGGCAUGACCUUUUCACAAAUGAUGUUCUCUAUACAGAAGUCGUCUUUAACAUGCGUUCAUUGAAGCAGGAGCUUCUGCCAUUUGUUCCACUGUUUUGUCAGUCGUUGCUGGAGAUGGGUACAAAAGACAUGGAUUUUGUUCAACUUAAUCAAUUAAUUGGAAGAAAGACUGGAGGCAUAUCAAUUUAUCCAUUCACAUCAUCCGUAAGGGGCAAAGAGGAUCCAUGUAGUCAUAUAAUUGCUCGAGGUAAAGCCAUGGCGGGCCGAGCCGAAGACCUAUUCAACCUGUUGAACUGCAUCCUUCAAGAUGUUCAAUUCACAGACCAGCCACGCUUCAAGCAAUUUGUUUCCCAAAGCAAAGCAAGAAUGGAGAACCGAUUAAGAGGCAGCGGUCAUGGAAUUGCAGCUGCGAGGAUGGACGCUAAGUUAAAUGUCGCAGGAUGGAUUGCUGAACAGAUGGGUGGUGUUAGCUAUUUGGAGUUUCUCGAAGACCUUGAAAAGAAAGUGGAUCAAGACUGGGAUGCAAUUUCUUCCUCCCUUGAGGAGAUACGCAGAUCCCUGCUCUCCAGGAAUGGUUGCUUGAUAAAUAUGACUGCUGAUGGGAAAAACCUCAGUAAUUCAGAGAAAUUUGUGGCCAAGUUUCUUGACUUGCUUCCAAGCACUCCAUCAAACGAGGCUAAAUGGAAUGCCCGCCUUACUCCUGUAAAUGAAGCUAUUGUUAUUCCAACCCAGGUUAACUAUGUUGGGAAGGCUGCUAACAUAUAUGAAGCAGGAUAUGAGCUCAAUGGAAGCGCACAUGUUAUUUCCAAAUACAUAGGUAAUACAUGGUUAUGGGACCGAGUGCGAGUUAGUGGCGGUGCAUACGGUGGUUUCUGUGACUUCGACACUCAUUCAGGAGUAUUCUCCUACCUGUCUUAUCGGGAUCCGAACUUGCUGAAGACACUUGAGGUAUAUGACGGAACUGUAAACUUCCUCCGUGAGCUAGAAUUGGAUGACGAUACUCUUACGAAGGCAAUCAUUGGAACCAUUGGAGAUGUAGACUCGUACCAACUACCUGAUGCCAAAGGUUACAGUAGUUUGUUGCGGCAUUUGCUGGGCAUCACAGAGGAGGAAAGGCAGAGAAGGCGGGAAGAAAUCCUAUCAACGAGUUUGAAGGACUUCAAGGAUUUUGCAGGGGCCAUCGAGGCGGUCAAAGACAAAGGAGUUGUGGUUGCAGUCGCAUCGGAGGAUGAUGUAAAUGCAGCAAAUGAGGAGAAGAAAGGUUUUCUUCAAGUGAACAAAGUUCUGUAGAGCACCCUGAAAGAGAGGACGUUUAUGUUCGAUGGUUAUAUGGGAUCAAAAUUUUAAUUUUUAUUGAGGUGUUCCUGUGGGUACCCCACCUGAGUGAGAGGGGAUGGGAUGGCGGGAUUGGGAUAUAUGGCUUACAAGGUUUAAUUAAAUCAGCCAAAUGUUUUUACUGAAUCCUUGGGGAUUUGUAUUAAUAAAUUCAAUAUUUAGUGGAAA